AUGGCUGUAAUUCUGCGUGAUGAAGAAUCGCUGCUGCUAACUCGCUCAGAUGCAGCACCUAUGGGUGCUUCUCAGUUUUCUCGCCCCAUGCCAGCUCGAAAGCCUCUACCCAGUCCUCCGAUCAUGCAGGUGUCUAAUCCCAAUAGUCCGCCAAAAGCCCAGCGUACGCUCAUAGACGCUCAAUCUGAGAGCUCUAUACGUGGCAAGUGGCCGGUACUUCACCCAGAGAAUGUUUCUCCGCGUUCAAACUCAUUGGCUCAAGAUUCUUACGAUGGCACUGGUAACGAGCGCAGCAUCCGACUAAAGCCACUCUCAUGGCAUGCAUCAGAUGCAGACGCCACUACGCACACAGGUACAGGUCCGAUACUCAGGAUCUCUGCUGACGCCGAUGACUUCAUUCUCGGCACCGAUGAUGAUAUCCCAGAAGUACCACCCAUCCCAGCUAUAUUCACUGAGCGCCUUCCGCAGUCACGUUCUUCCAGCAAUCUCAGGGCCCGCCUUGCGGAGCUUACAGAGCCCAAGGCGCCACUGAGAGAUCCGCCUCCAGUUCCAGCAGCGAUUCCCGUGAGGACGUUGAGGAGUUUGACCCCUGUUGUCAAGAUCUCACCAAUUCGCUCCAUGCAACCUGCAAGAAAAGUCAGCCCAGCCGGCCAUUCACCAAUGUCUUCGUCACCGCUCACCAGACCCGCUACGAGCUCAAAUUCUGAAGACAAAGUAGUUGAGGCAGCCGUUGACAACACAACUCACACUACAAACCACUCAUAUCAUCACAUGAAGCUCACAGGAUCCGCUUCGAAGCCCAAGAUUAUUGUGUCCAAGCCCACAGCAUCUCCAGAGGUGUUUGAAUUCACUGAAGCUCGUCAGGAAAUUCCCGUGUUGCUUUCAGGAUACACUCAAUUGCCAGACGACGAGCCAGUCUUGGAGGGGAAGAAGACCGGGAUCAGGAAGACCAUCACAAGCAUCAUGAACUCGAAGUCCUCGCCAAAUCUGAAGGACCACUUCGGCAAUGAUACCAAAAGCUGGAAAAUGAACCCUUUCAGUAAGAGCUCGCUGUCAUUGCACAACACGGCACAGUCUCACGAUACCGUCCGCAACUCCGAUUCUGGAAGGUUGAGGACGGCGGAUACUGUGACGUCUGAAACCGAGGAGGGCUCUUCGAGCCACGAAACACCACAGCAGCGACAAUCAUAUCAUUCUGACGAUCACCUGAUAGGCUCUUCGGUGACCCCCUCCGCUCCAGAAGAUAUGUCGUCGGACAAGCAAGAUCGCGGUAUGACAGAGAAGAAGAUCAAGGCCCAACGCAACAUUCGCGACAUCUUCAGUCGAGGCAAGUCACGCACCAGACCAGAGGAACCUAUGCCUACUACCAAGCAAGGUUUCCUGAGUGUCACUAGCAGCUCACUCUCCAGUGCCAUGCGGGAUACAAAGAGUCACUCCAUGAUCAACCUCGGCGCGCCGACUGAGUUCAGACCUCAGACUGCACCUGCUCCUAACCAGAAGAAGAAGGACAAAGGCAAAAACCCUCCCAUACCUCUCAGUGCCAGUCUCAAGUUGAACAGUACUGCGGCCAGUUCAGACAAGAAACCCAUACCUACUGAGCGAGAGAGCACGUGCACCUUGAUUGAAGACAUGAUCGAACGCUUAGAUACGCAGCCUCCCAACUCGAACGAGCGUAAGCGCAUUGUUCAGAUGGCAGAGGUAUCUAUAAUAACAACAACAACUAAUAACCAGACUUCCUCCCCUCUCCUCCAUUCAAAGAGCACCCAGCUAACCACCGAGACAACACACUUUUCACUAACUACAUGGGCCACUCGUGGACACCACCGUGUACUGUCUCUCGUGGAUAUUUCGACACCAUCACGACUGAUUACGAUGCUUUUCUUCCUUUUUGCGAUGCCCUUUAACGACGAUACUCUGGUGCCCCGAGACAUACCGACGCAACAAUGA